AUGCAAAUUCACAACCUUGCCAUUAUUUUCGGGCCUUCAAUGUUUUGCUCAGAUGAAAGAAAUUUUAAAACAACUCAAGACAAGGGAAAAUCAAAUAAUAUCGGGAAAAGAAAAACUGUGGAUGAACGACAGGAGGAAGUUCAAAAUCAGCCUUUAAUUGUAGAGCCUACACAAAACUUAGCCUUUCGAAUGAUUACUUAUGGCCAGAUUCUCGAAUUUAUUUUAACUGAAGCUGAGAGGUUUAUAAUUACUUUAAUUAUUUUAUUUUUUAGGGGAGGGAUUUAG